AUGGCGAUUUACAAAUGGGAUGUCGUCAAUGUUUUAUCUAGACGUCCUGAGAUGAACACAUUCUGGAUAUGGACCGGUCACAGACUGAUAAGAGUAAGCACCAUCGACAGGUGGUACUGGAGCCCUGCUCAAGGGCCCAAUCCUCCAGCGGAUACGCCCUGGCGCGUACUCGGCCAAGCACUUUGGUUUCAUAACCGCGACCAGGAACUUUGGUGGCAGCACACGGCGCCCUUCUUCAACAAUCUCUUAACACAGUGUGACUAUCAAAUCCAUGAGCAAUAUCGCUACCUCUGCUUCUACCACGAACACAUUCUUCCAGUCUUAGGGCCAUUUAUUCGGCCUGGAAUCGAGCCAGACCAUCUGAGUUGUUUCACUCCAGAAGGCUACCCCUUUGAGCUGAGCGUGAAUUUCCAGGCAGACCGAUGCGUCCUUCGACUAGGCUGCGGACCCGUGGGUGCUUUUGCUGGCACUGAACACGAUCCCCUGAAUAAGUAUAUGGCGCGGGAGCUCCUGGGGAGGCUAGCUCAGCUCGACACCAGUAUCGACCUGGGGUGGUUUGAUUACUUUGAUUCUCAGCUGAGCCUCGGAACCAAAGAGGCCAGAGCUGCGUCAGAGCAACUCAUUCGUCAUCUACAGCAGAUUAACGAGGUUGCAUUUGACCUGAAGGACGGUCGAGUGGUUCCCAAGGCGUACUUCUUCGUCCAGCCCAAGUCGAUUGUGACCGGUAUCCCCAGCAGCGUCGUCGCCUUCGAAGCAAUAGAGGGUUUAAAUGCGGAUUUUGGAACCAGCCUGUCUUUUCUCAAAGAGUAUCUCUCGCCAUCUCUUGACGGCCGGGACACUGACUCUCCUGCCUUGGAAGUGUUUUUAAUCGGCUUUGACUGUGUAGCUCCUGGAAAGUCACGUCUCAAGCUAUACGUCUGCAAUACACACCUAUGCCUCGACCACCUUGGGGCCUUCUGGACGCUAGGAGGCCGCAUGAGCGAUCCCAUCACAAUGAAAGGUCUAGCCAUUGCAGAGAAACUGUGGAGCCUGCUUGGCUUUAGUGACACUCUGUAUGACGAGAUGGACGUGUACAAAUUGCCACUAACAUUUAACUACGAGUUGAAGUCGGGAGGAUCAGCACCAAAGCCACAGUUGUACUUGCCCGUACAAGGCAAAAGCGAUGAUCUCGUUGCUGACGCCUUGACGGACUUCUUUAAAUAUCUGGACUGGGAGGGAUAUGCCUGUCGCUAUAAACGAGAAUUGGUCUCAAACUUUCCCUGCCGAGAUCUAAAAGAAUCAGUGACGGCUCAGCGAUGGGUGGCAUUUUCGUUUACUGAGCCUGCCGGAGUGUAUUUGACUGUAUACUUUCAUGCAGUCGGUGGAGAUGUAGGUCGCUUCUGA